UCCUGAAAGCCUAGGGCACCGCCUCUCUCCAACUUAGUUUCGUUUCCUCGGCUGCCUGGGGACGGUCGUGCAUCGGUCCCCUGCCGUGCUAGCGUGUCUCAUCCGGUGUCCCCAGGAGCGCCAUGGCGGAGCUGUUCCUGCUGGCGGAGGAGCUGUCGUGCUCCAUCUGCCUGGAGCUCUUCAAGGAGCCGGUCACCACCCCGUGUGGCCACAACUUUUGCCGAUCGUGCCUGGACGAGACGUGGGCUGUCCAGGGCAAGCCGUACCGGUGUCCCCAGUGCCGCGCCGUGUCCCCGUCGCUCCCGGAGUUGCGAAAGAACACGGUGCUGUGCGCGGUGGUGGACCAGUACCUACAGGCCGAGCUGGAGCAGGCGCCCGUGGCCGACUGGACGCCACCUUCCCCUCCCGAGGUCCCCAGUCCCGCCAUCCAGGUGUUCUGUGACCACUGCCUGAAAGAGGAGGCCGUGAAGACCUGCCUGGUGUGCAUGGCCUCCUUCUGUCCGGAGCACUUGCGGCCACACCUCGAGAGUCCUGCCUUCCAAGACCACCAGUUGCAGCUGCCGGUGCGAAACCUGCUGAAACGAAAAUGUUCUCGGCACAACCGCCUGCGGGACCUGUUCUGCCCCACACAUGGCGAGUGUAUCUGCCACGUCUGCCUGGUGGACCACAAGACCUGCUCUCCGGUCGCCCUGAGCCAGGCCAGCACUGAUCUGCAGAAAACCCUGAGGCAUAAGCUAACCGUCAUGUGCAGUCAUAUCGGCGGGGCGACAAGAGCACUGGAGGAUGUAAGAGCCAGGCAGCAGAGCUUGCGGGAGGCUACAAACAAGAAGAUGGAGCAGGUGAGACAGGAAUACAAGGAAAUGAAGAUUCUCAUUGAGGCCUCCGAGGCCAGCGCCACACGCAAGCUAAAGGAAGAAGAGAAGAGGGUUGUCAACAAGUUUGACUCCAUUUACCAGAUUCUCCUCAAGAAGAAAAAUGAGAUCCAAACCCUGAAGGAGGAGAUCGAGAGCAGCCUGGUGAAGAGGGACGAGUUCGAGUUUCUUGAGAAAGCGUCAAAACUGCAAACAGUCUCUACGAAGCCAGUCUACAUCCCCAGGGUGGAGCUGGACCAUGAGCUGAUCAAGGGUGUCUACCAAGGUGCCUUAGAGGUCAAAAACCAGCUAAGGCAGUCCCUGGCACAGUCCCAGGAGAAGAAGCCCGAGGAGCCCAUCAGCUCAGAUGACUCUGGAGACCGUGGCACCCAGUCUACAAACAAACCCUCGAACCCUGGGAAAAAGUCCUCACAAGAAAAGAAAACCAAGAAACACAGUAAGUUGGGUUCACCCCUAGCUUCUAGCACUGACAUUGGCGCUACUGCUGCCUCUGCCUCGUCCAGCCAGACUUUCAUCUUCGGAGCCCCUGGACAGUCAGUGGAAAUGAAAUCAUCCCUGGAUGAUGCAGCCAAAACCACCACCUUGCCAAGUGCCGUGACCAUCAAGACCAAGGUGCUGGAAAACUUCUUAGCCAAGACCAGAUCUGAGCUCUUAGAGUAUUUUGUUAAGGUCAUCUUGGACUACAACACCGCCCACUACAAAGUGGCUCUGACCGAGAACUACACCACCGCCUCUGUGGCCGAUGCGCCCCAGAUGUACCGGCCGCACCCCCAGCGGUUCACGUACUGCUCUCAGGUGCUGGGUCUGCACUGCUACAAGAAAGGGAUCCACUACUGGGAGGUGGAGCUGCAGAAGAACAACUUCUGUGGGGUGGGCAUCUGCUAUGGCACCAUGGACCGCCAGGGUCCCGAGAGCCGUCUGGGCCGCAACAAAGCCUCCUGGUGCGUGGAGUGGUUCAACAACAAGAUCUCCGCCUGGCACAACAACACGGGGAAAACGCUGCCCCCCACCAAGGCCACGCGGGUGGGCGUGCUCCUCAACUGUGACCACGGUUUUGUCAUUUUCUUUGCUAUCUCUGACAAGAUCCACAUGAUGUAUAAAUACGUCGUGGACUUCACCGAAGCUCUGUACCCGGCCUUCUGGGUGUUCUCGGCGGGUGCCACGCUCUCCAUUUGCUCCCCAAAGUAGGCAGGCCCUUGGGCCGGCUGCCUGAGGAGCACUCAGGUGGGACUCCUUGGAGAACUUCCCUGAGUUCCCUGGGAGGAUGGGGAGGGAGCCGGUGGGAGGGUGGGAGAUGGGAUGGGAGGAAGGAGGUAGCCAGGGGAAGAGGGUGGGGUGAUUGUGUUGUGGAUAGGAAGCUUUUCCUUCUACUUCCUGGUGCCCAUCUGGGCAGGGCCACCUCCUUCUGACUGUUUCAGGAAAUCUCCAGGCUGCUGGGGAACCUGGGUAGAGUUUUGGGAAGUCAAGUCAUUAGUGCCCCAGUUGCUCUUGCGGAAGAUAUAUACUACUCAUGGCAGUUUCCUUCUUAGGCCAGGGGCUGACUCCUGCUCUCUGGGGUAGCCUUCUGACUUCUAGAGUCAUUGAAUUUCGAUAUAUAUAUUUUUUCUCUUUUCGGUGCUAGGGAUUAAACCCAGAGCCUCGCACAUGCUAAGCCCAGGUUCUGUCAACGGGCCACACCCCCAGGCUGAAUUUCAAUAUUAUAUUCUCUCAGCUCUCUGCAUGUUAGGCUCUGUCUCCUGGCUGUUAUCUGUGCUGGAGGGAAACCAUGGGUAGCCGUUCUCCACCUAGACCAGAGUGUCCCAGAGAAACAGUGGUUUCCCUCCGAUGAAGGACAGCCCUGCUUCCCGCCUUAUCAUGUUCCCUUCAUGACCCCAUCCAUGAUUUUAAAAUCUUCAUUUGAGGGCUGGGGGUGGGGCCCAGCAUGUUAGCACUUGCCCCUGGGUUUGAUGACCAGCACCUCCCCCCCCAAAAAAAAAGUUCAGUUGAACAGCCUGUGUUGAAUUUGUGGUUGAGGGAAGGUCAAGGUGACCCAGAUCUACUUGGAAUGGAUAUGGCUUCCAGCCUUAACAAGGGACAUCUGGUCAAAAGCUUUGGCUGUUGCUACAGAGCCUUGCUGGAGGUCUUGUUUCCUCCAAUGGCUUGGGCUACAUGGCAAGACGGACCCUGGCCUGGGUUAACAGAGGUGGGGUGGCUUUGCUGUUACUACGGCGUCUUGCCAUGACAGCUCUCCUUGGCAGUAGCAUUCCCUCCCCCACAGUGUAGACAUUGGACUGCCUGCUGCAGAUGCCACUGUGGCUAACUCAGCCACGCACCCAGCCCACAGCAAGCAUCUGAAGUCUGCCACCACCAUUCAGGCCAUGCAUGGCUGCUGCAUGGACCAUACUCAGUCACCUAUUGGGGUGGCUACCUAUGACCAAAGGGCCUUUUAGCAGGCCCAGCAGGAGAUGGCAACAUUCCCAUUUAUUCCUGGCCAUGGGCUACAGACACAGCUCUGGCCCUCUCCUCAAUCCUGUUGUUGACCUUGGUUCCUUCUGCUAUCUUCCUCAUUUGAGCCCAUUCCAGAUACUCAAAUUGACCAGGUUAGAGGUCAGGAAGACUUGUUUGAGGAUCAGGAGAGGAAUGAGCUAAAGAGGGUCAGAUAAGUGGCUAUUUUCCCUGUAGUGUUUUAUGCAGUGAAAAUAACCCAGUACAUUAAGGGGCAGGAGUGAAUGGAUUUCAGAAUUUCCCCCAAACUCCUUAUAUCCUGCUGUCAGGAUGGAAGUUUCAACCCCAAAAAUGUGAGGGGAGCUUCCUGAGUCUGGCUUCUUAAGAAGUCACCAUUGGGGAAAAUAGGGACUCCAGACCUUAUAUAUAGAUAUUUGAGAAUUUUAACAAAUCUCAGGCCUUGUGCUGGAAUUCCUGGGAGACUCCGAGCAGCACUUGAGAUUCCUGACAGAUGUAUGAUCCAUCAUCUCCCAAUGAUCUCCAUUCCUUGGGAGAAAAGAUAAUCGUCUUAGGGAAGAUUUCCCUGCCAUAGCUGGUAUGUGUGACUUUCAAAGUUUUCUUACUGGCUGGGCAUGUUGACACAUGCCCGUAAUCCCAGCGACUUGAGAGGCUGAGGAAGGAGGAUUGCAAAUUUGAGGCUAACUUUAGCAACUUAAUGAGUAACUUAGCAAGACCUCAGUAACUUGGCAAGACCUUGUCUCAAAGUAAAUGAAAAGGGCUGGGGGUGUAGCUCAGUGGUAGAGCACCCCUGGGUUCAAUCCCUAGUACCCUCCUCCCCCCAACAGAAGUUUUCUUCCUUGCUACAUAGAAGAAAAGUUCUUUGAAGCUUCUCUACUUCAAAGGUGUUCACAAGUAUCUUUGUUGAUCUGGAGUCAAUGCAUACUUGAGAAACAGCUGGGCUCAGAGGAGUAGAAAGUGCAAGAAGAAUCCAGGACUCCUGCUAGGGCUCUCCUCUGCAGAAAUGAGGGGGCGCUUCAUGGCAAAUGAGCAGCAGGAGUCCCUCUGCAUCUAGGUGACUAGUGCUUAGCUCUGUGCAAGGUCGUUGGAGAUGUGACCUGAGGAGUGCGUGUUAGCUGUCCUGACCCACCCACUCCAUUUGCUGUGGUAAAACUUUACAUUAUCCAGCCUUGCGGGGCCACUGCGUGCACUGAAGACCCUAGAGUGGGAGGAACUUUUGUAUCCAUCUGUCUUCUCAUUUUUCAGAAUAAGAUGAGAAGGUAGAGGAUGACUAUUCUGCACUUGUACCAUUCCAUCAUGGAGGAAAUAACUCCUCACCUGUGUGAUGGGGAAACCCUGGUAUCCUGCAGAAGUAUCCAAAAUUCCCAGAAAUACUAACAUGAAAUCAAAAUCCUAUCUUAGUCGGAGAUACUGGGAACUGGCCUCCAUCACCCUGGUCAUGAUAAACCAAAGGUUAAGGUCAGGUCUUUGUGUUAUUCAAGACUGCCUGGCCAGUUAUAUCUGUUUUAAUUACUCUUCAAUCAAACUGUGAUCUGUAUCUAAUACUGAUAUGUUAUCUCUUACCUGACUCCCCCACACCCUUACUGAUUUUAAUUAAUGUCUGUCAUUUUUUGAAAAAAAUUUUAGUUGGUUCUUUUUAUGUGUGUAGGUGGGUACUAGGGAUUGAACCCAGGGGCACUUAACCACUGAGCCACAUUCCCAGCCAUUUUUACUUUUAAUUAUGGGAUAGGGUCUUGGUAAGUUGCUUAGGACCUUGCUGUGUUGCUAAGGCUGGUCUUAAACUUUUGAUCUUCCUGGCUUGGCUUCCUGAGUCACUGGGAUUACAGGCUUGUGACACUGUGCCCAGCUUUAUUUUAUUCUUUAAGAACAUACAGCUAGGGGACUGGGGUUGUGACUCAGUAGUAGAGCACUUGCCUCAUACCUGUAAGGCCCUGGGUUCAAUCCUUAGCACCAUGUAAAAAUUGUGUCCACCUACAACUAAAAAUCUAAAAGAAAAAUUAAAAAAAAGAAAAAGAAAAUACAGCUAUAAACGGGGCUGAUGCGUCUUAGAAAUUUUGAAUGCAAUAAAGUGUUUGGUGUGUAUUUUCUCGCACCUUGGUGCAGACAGGUAAAAAACAAUCCUGUCCAUCAUGCUGGACUCAACAGAUGAUGUGUACCAUGCCUGAAGGCUACCGCCAAGUGGCCCAUUUGUCCAGAUUCCACCCAGCCACUCCCAGACCUCUGAGUCCUGGAUAAAGAGUUCUCAGACUGAUAGAAUGUCUGAUCUCGGCUUCCGGAGAAUGCCAGGGUGAAGGAUCAAUGAAAGGAUAAGCCACACAAGAAAAAUGGGUGAAUGGUGUUGCAAAUGGAGGGCUCACUGUUUUCUUCUUUCUACUGUUGCCUACAUUUCAAAAAAUUGCGUAAUAAAAAAUGAAGCAGAAAACAGCCCAGAUCAUUUUGCAAGCCCUGUUUUAGUGGGUUUUAACCUUGUUUGGGUAGGAGGUGUGCAUUCGAAGUUAUUGUAUAUUAAAGAAUUUAACUGGUUUUUCUUCCUGGUUACUCAGAGGAGGGAUUUGAAAUCUUUGGAAUUUUCUGAGUAGGAGGAGUGUCUGUUGUUUCCGAGCCCCUUGGAUGGCACCUGAGUUUGUACUAAGAAAUGAGAUGACUUAGGAUGUGAUGAGAGGGUUGGGCCCUUGAGCCAGCUGACUCAAGGAGGGGAGGGCAGGGCAGGGGUUCUGGGGAUAGAGUUCAGUAAUGUGGCCAAUGAUCCAGUGAUUUACUCAGUCCUACCUACAUAAUGAAAUUCCAGUAAGAUAACCUGGACACAGAUGCUCAGUGGACUCCCGGGUUGAGCACCUGGCUGGGCUGGGAGGAUGAGGGCCCCUGAUUCCAUGAGGACAUGGCAGGGAAACUUUGUAUCUGAGACACUCCCAGACUUUGCCCUGUAUUUUUGUCUGGUUCUGAUUUGUCCUUUAUAAAUAAAAUUGUAAUAAAUAUAA